CCUGCGGCAUAACUAUGGAGUCCCCGCGUAAAUCGUCCAGCAGCACGCGGACUUGUCGCGAUUCGAUAGUAAAUUUUAAAUUGAACUAUGGAAAAAUAUUUAACCGAAUCGGUCUGAGUAUAGGGAACAAACCGUGGGUAUGGUUAAUAGCAUCGCUUUGUAUAAGUGGAGUUUGCGGUCCUGGAUUGUCAUUGUGGCGGGAAGAAGUCGAUCCGAUCAAAUCCUUCAUUCCUGUGGAUUCUAUUAUACGGAAAGAUGCUGCCUGGGUCAAGGAACACUUCAAUGGCGAUCUUAGAUACGAAAGUAUUAUCGUUACUGCUCCGAAUGUUCUAGAUCCUCAAGUACUUGAAGCGAUCAAUGAAAUUGAAAACAGCGUCAAGAGCAUCGUUGUCCAGAACCAAACGUGGCACGAUGUAUGUGCAGAAUAUCUUACGUGGUUUGAAAAUGGAGAGACAAACAUCGAUAAUGACACAGAUCAACUUCUGAUUGAAGAAUUGAGUCCACUGAAAACUUUGAUGUCUGGGGAUAGUUGCAUUUAUCAAUCGAUUUUAAAAGUUUUUAGAGAGAAUGAAAGUCAUGCCUUGAAAAAUUUAACACGAGAGUCAAUACUUGAAGACGUAACUGCUGCUUUACGUGACACGGAGAAAGGUAAUAUAUUAACGGACAUAUCACCAUUACUAUCGAGAGUGGAGUAUGAUAAAAGUGGCAGAGUAAUUGGAGCAAAAGCAACAAUUUUAAAUUGGAUUUUAAAAAAGUCUAACAUACAUUCGCCGGAAUGGGAGCUGGAGUUCAUUGAGAGAACUUUGUAUUCAAAUCGCAGCUUGCCAGAGGGCAUGAAAAUUUAUGCUGUGGCAAAAAGAAGUUUUAUCGAUUGUCUUAACGAUGUUAUGAGAAAUAACAUAAGUAUACUGUGCUGCGGGUUAUUUAUUAUUGUUGCCUACGUAAUAAUAAUGAUCGGUAAAUGCAACCCGGUUCAACAGCGUAUUUAUUUAUCAUUGCUAGGAGUUUCGGUGGUAGGUCAGGCCAUUUUGUCGGGUUUCGGAGUUUGUUUUUAUCUGGGAUAUGCAUACGGACCAAUACACUCAGUUUUGCCGUUUGUGUUACUUGGUAUAGGUGUCGAUGACAUGUUUGUCAUUAUUCAAAGUCUCGACAGCUUAACCGAGAGUGAAAAAAAUUUAACAAUACCCGAGCGUAUUGCACGCGCACUUGAACAAUCUGGAAUGUCGAUAACCACAACGUCAUUGACAAAUAUAAUAGCUUUUGCUAUUGGCAUGACAACCGUUAUGCCUUUUUUGUCAUCAUUUUGUAUGUUUGCCACAAUGGGAAUUUUUUUCUUAUUUAUUUUCGAGAUAAUGUUUUUUGUGAGUUGUCUUGUGUUGGACGAAAGACGAUUAGCGAUGAAGAGAGACGGAUGUUUCUGUCAAUCUAAGAUCGACUGGAAGCCCAAUGAAUGCAGCCAGAAGAAUUUGCAAAAACAAAUAUUUGAAAAAUUUAUCGGCCCAUUUGCUAUGAGACCUAAAGUUAAAAUAUUUAUCAUUUUGAUUACCGCCACUGCACUUCUGAUAAACGCCUGGGGAAUCUAUAAUCUGGGACAACACUACGACCCCUUAUUGUACUUAAAUCAGGAGUCUUAUCCCCUGAAAUUUAACAAUAAACUUAUUGAGUAUUUUCCCAAGUACGGAAAGAGGGCUAGUGUUUAUUUAGCGGGAAUUGAUUACUACGAAGACCGUGAAGCACUUGGUCAAUUAAUUAAUGUCAUUGCUAAACAUAAAUUUGUCAAUAACAAAACUUUGGAUCCCUGGUUUAUUGCUUACAGCAAAUGGUUAAAUAAUAAAACACGUGAAAUUGAUAGAGACGAAUACUAUGGGUCACUUUCGGAGUAUUUAUUAACGAGAAAAGGACAGUCGUAUGUUAAAGAUAUUAAAUUUAGUAGACUGCCAACAGUUGAUUACAAUAUUACGACUUCAAAAUUCGAAAUUCAACAUAUUCACAUCAAUACAACGGCUGAUCAGUUACACGCAAUGCAGUCUAUACGUGAGAUAAUUAAAUCUGUUGAUUUUAAACGGGGCAUUGAUCAUGCUGCAAUAUUUUCUCAGGAAUAUAUUUCUUGGACGGCAAAUAAGAUAAUUGGAGAUGAGUUGACAAGAAACUUAUGCUUAGAAAUUUUAGCUGUCAGUUUAGUUACCGUCAUACUAUUACGUGAUAUAAAAGUAUCAUUUUGGGUAAUCUGUUGUGUUGUGUUUACUCUGAUUGAUCUGUUAGGAUCAUUGUAUUAUUUAGGAUUGACUAUUGAAAUCUCCUCGAGUAUUAUCAUACUGAUGUGUGCUGGAUUAGCUGUCGACUAUGCAGCUCAUGUUGGAUUAGAAUUUACUCGAGUCACUGGUACUCGAGAUGAGAGGUCAAUUGCUACACUUGGUGCGAUGGGCCCUGCGGUAUUUAACGGGGGAUUGAGUACCUUCCUAGCCUUUGUUUUACUCGGUGUUAGUAAAGCUUAUUUAUUUAGUACAUUUUUCAAACUUUUUACAUCAGUAGUAGUAUUUGGACUAUUCCAUGGGCUAUUAUUUUUACCAGUGAUAUUAAGUAUAUGCGGAUCAAACGAAAAACCAAAAGAAGUAGAUGUUAAAACAGAUCAUACUACAUUGGAUUCAAAUAAAUACUCUACUAUUCCAAUUCCUUCAUCUACUAAUAAUAAUAAUAAGUAAAUAAAAACUGUAAAAAAAAAAAAAACGAAACCAACUGUUGGAUAGCAAAUUUAUAAAUUUUUAUUAAAUAAAUUUUUUCA